AUGCCAGCUGGGAGCCGGGCUGGGAGCCUGAAGGACCCUGAUGUGGCUGAGCUCUUUUUCAAGGAUGACCCUGAAAAGCUCUUCUCUGACCUUCGGGAAAUUGGCCAUGGCAGCUUUGGAGCUGUGUACUUUGCCCGGGAUGUCCGGAAUAAUGAGGUGGUGGCCAUCAAGAAGAUGUCCUACAGCGGGAAGCAGUCUAAUGAGAAGUGGCAGGACAUCAUCAAGGAGGUUCGGUUCCUACAGAAGCUGCGGCAUCCCAAUACCAUUCAGUACCGGGGCUGUUACCUGAGGGAACACACAGCUUGGCUGGUGAUGGAGUAUUGCCUGGGCUCAGCCUCUGACCUUCUAGAAGUGCAUAAGAAGCCCCUCCAGGAGGUGGAGAUUGCAGCUGUGACCCAUGGGGCCCUUCAGGGUCUGGCUUAUCUGCAUUCCCACAACAUGAUCCAUAGGGAUGUGAAGGCUGGAAACAUCCUGCUCUCAGAGCCUGGCUUGGUGAAGCUGGGGGACUUCGGCUCCGCAUCCAUCAUGGCACCUGCCAACUCCUUUGUGGGCACCCCGUACUGGAUGGCUCCGGAGGUGAUCCUGGCAAUGGAUGAAGGGCAGUACGACGGCAAGGUGGAUGUCUGGUCAUUGGGGAUAACGUGCAUCGAACUGGCGGAACGGAAACCACCACUGUUUAACAUGAAUGCGAUGAGUGCCUUAUACCACAUUGCACAGAAUGAGUCCCCUGUGCUCCAGUCAGGACACUGGUCUGAGUACUUCCGGAAUUUUGUCGAUUCCUGUCUUCAGAAAAUCCCUCAAGACAGACCAACCUCAGAGGUUCUUCUGAAGCACCGCUUUGUGCUCCGGGAGCGGCCACCCACAGUCAUUAUGGACCUGAUUCAGAGGACCAAGGAUGCUGUGCGGGAGCUGGACAACCUGCAGUACCGCAAGAUGAAGAAGAUUCUAUUCCAAGAGGCACCCAAUGGCCCUGGUGCUGAAGCCCCAGAGGAGGAGGAGGAGGCGGAGCCCUACAUGCACCGAGCUGGGACGCUGACCAGUCUAGAGAGUAGCCACUCAGUGCCCAGCAUGUCCAUCAGCGCCUCUAGUCAGAGCAGCUCAGUCAACAGCCUAGCAGAUGCUUCAGACAAUGAGGAGGAGGAAGAGGAAGAGGAAGAGGAGGAAGAAGAGGAGGAAGGCCCUGAAGCCCGGGAGAUGGCCAUGAUGCAGGAAGGGGAACACACAGUCACCUCCCACAGUUCCAUCAUCCACCGGCUGCCGGGCUCUGACAACCUAUAUGAUGACCCCUACCAGCCAGAGCUGACCCAGGGCCCUCUUCAGCAGCCUGCAGCCCCAGCUCCCACUUCUACCACUUCUUCUGCUCGCCGCCGGGCCUACUGCCGCAACCGAGACCACUUUGCCACCAUCCGUACUGCUUCCCUGGUCAGCCGUCAGAUCCAGGAGCAUGAGCAGGACUCAGCUCUGAGGGAGCAGCUAAGUGGCUAUAAGCGGAUGCGACGGCAGCACCAGAAACAGCUGUUGGCCCUGGAGUCACGGCUGAGGGGUGAACGCGAGGAGCAUAGUGCACGGCUGCAGCGAGAACUUGAGGCCCAGCGAGCUGGCUUUGGGGCUGAGGCAGAAAAGCUGUCCCGGCGGCACCAGGCCAUCGGGGAGAAGGAGGCACGAGCUGCCCAGGCUGAGGAACGAAAGUUUCAGCAGCACAUCCUUGGGCAGCAGAAGAAGGAGCUGGCUGCCCUGCUGGAGGCGCAGAAGCGAACCUACAAACUUCGGAAGGAGCAGCUAAAGGAGGAGCUUCAGGAGAACCCCAGCACACCCAAGCGGGAGAAGGCUGAGUGGCUUUUGCGGCAGAAGGAGCAGCUACAGCAGUGCCAGGCGGAAGAGGAGGCAGGGCUGCUACGGAGGCAGCGCCAAUACUUUGAGUUGCAAUGUCGCCAAUAUAAGCGCAAAAUGCUGCUGGCUCGUCAUAGCCUGGAUCAGGAUCUGCUGCGAGAGGACUUGAACAAGAAACAAACACAGAAGGACUUGGAGUGUGCAUUGCUGCUGCGGCAGCAUGAGGCCACACGGGAGCUUGAGCUGAGACAGCUCCAGGCUGUCCAGCGCACAAGGGCAGAGCUCACCCGCCUGCAGCACCAGACAGAGCUGGGCAACCAGCUGGAGUACAAUAAGCGGCGUGAGCAAGAGUUGCGGCAGAAGCAUGCAGCCCAGGUUCGCCAGCAGCCCAAGAGCCUCAAAUCUAAGGAGCUGCAGAUCAAGAAGCAGUUCCAGGAGACGUGUAAGAUCCAGACUCGGCAGUACAAGGCUCUGCGGGCACACUUGCUGGAGACUACGCCUAAAGCUCAGCACAAGAGCCUUCUUAAGCGGCUCAAGGAAGAACAGACCCGAAAGCUGGCGAUCCUAGCCGAGCAAUACGACCAGUCCAUCUCAGAGAUGCUCAGCUCACAGGCGCUGCGGCUUGAUGAGACCCAAGAGGCAGAAUUCCAAGCCCUUCGGCAGCAGCUUCAACAGGAGCUGGAGCUCCUCAAUGCGUAUCAGAGUAAGAUCAAGAUUCGCACCGAGAGUCAGCAUGAGAGGGAGUUGCGAGAGCUGGAACAGAGAGUAGCUCUGAGGCGGGCACUGCUAGAGCAGCGGGUGGAAGAGGAGCUGCUGGCCCUGCAAACGGGGCGUUCUGAACGAAUCCGGAGUUUGCUUGAACGGCAGGCCCGUGAGAUCGAGGCUUUCGAUGCUGAGAGCAUGAGGCUGGGUUUCUCCAGUAUGGCUCUGGGGGGCAUCCCAGCCGAGGCUGCUGCCCAAGGCUAUCCCGCUCCACCCCCUGCCCCUGCCUGGCCCUCCCGCCCUGUUCCCCGUUCAGGGGCACACUGGAGCCAUGGCCCUCCUCCACCUGGCAUGCCCCCCCCAGCCUGGCGUCAGCCUUCACUUCUGGCUCCCCCAGGUCCCCCAAACUGGCUGGGGCCCCCAGCACAGAGUGGGACACCCCGUGGUGGAGCCCUGCUACUGCUCAGAAACAGCCCCCAGCCCCUGCGGCGGGCAGCCUCGGGGGGCAGUGGCAGUGACAACGUGGGCCCACCUGCUGCCGCAGUGCCUGGGCCUCUGAGCCGCAGCACCAGUGUCGCUUCCCACAUCCUCAAUGGCUCCUCCCACUUCUAUUCCUGA